AUGUCACCUGCCGCGAUUGCCGGAAUGCAGCCGGAUCUGCAUCAUGACCAGCUUCAGGCCGUGGGCACAGCCUUCGAUGCCCUCCUACUAACCGUGUACCGGCUGACGCACAGACAAAGUGAGCUGCUUCAGCACAUGGAUGAUGUCUACAAAGAGUACACAGAAGUGAUAGAAACUCUGCCUCCCCAAGAUAGACCUCGUGCUCUGGAAGUUCAAUCCAAAUUGCUCGCUCAGCAGGAAGAAUACCGUCAAGGCCUCGUACACAGCAAACUCCGAGUGGAGGACCAACCGCUGAAUUCCAUGGAUGUAAUCAAGACCCUCGUUGCACACCAAAAUGUAGACGAAAAUACUUUUUCGGCCAUCAAGAAUGGAGUCAAAGGCUGUAAGUCUCUGCUCCGUUCUCAAGAUGGCCUCUCCCAAAUAUCCUCCAACUCGUGCAUCCUCGCGCAAGCACCGGCUCCAGCAAUUGCGCUGGAGAAGGACUUCACAACGAAUGGCACCCAGGGAGAUCUACACUGCCCCUUCUCCAAACCGAAUAAGAUGCAGAAUGGGAAUGGCAGCGAGGCCCCUAGUGGGAAGAACUCUGAGCCGAAGAUUCAAAUCGAAGCCGCCUGCGGCCAUGAGCACGUGGAUCCCAUUAAGGCGGAGUUGAACGAACGACGCUCUAGUCGCACCACGUCAGCCCCAUCCUCCAAAGGUGCAUGCCCCGUCUCCCGAUGCCCCAUCCGAUUCCUCGAUCAACACUCCCCAGAAGAAAUUGCCGAGUACGUCGAACGACACAAACAUGAGAUCCCCCGAAGUCAUGCAAUCUGCGUCAAGCGCUAUCAGCGAAAUCCGCAGGACAUGCGACAUCUGGAUGCCAAAUACGGCGGUCUCACCAGCAUGAUCGCCGGUUUGGGUGUUAAGCACCAAGCCUUCCUACCAGACUGCCAGGCCAACGGUGAACGCCGCUCUUCCACCUCUGCAUCAACCGAACGUGUUGAGAAAUGGGCUGAGAACGUGGACCCCAAUACACCCGGUGGCCAGAGCGAGGAUGACAAGAACGAAGAUGAUAACCGACAGAGUCACUUUGACCGUCCCCUCCGUGAAGUCCGGGUGGGUGAAUCACCAAGUAGACCUUGGGGCAUCUCGGUGCCUGUCACCCAUUUACCUCCCACCUCAGCGCCGUUUUCUGAUGCGGAAUCUAUCCCCACGUCCCCCGAGCCUCAAACCGACAAGCCCACCGAUGCCAACGUCUCUACCGAUAAGCCCGCCGGCCGCUGUCCGUUCGACCACAAGAAACUAAAGCGGGAAGCCGAAACCGAGCCACCUCGGGUUGCUGAACCACCUGCGGACAAAAAGGUUGCGACACCAGAGAAACCAGGUUGUCCAUUUGACCACAAUAAAUCAAAGGCUGAAGUUUCAAAGCCCGGAAACGAGGCCCCCUGGAGUGGUGAUUGGCCUAAAAAUUGGCCCAAGGACCAGGCUGUUAUGGAUCAGACAGCCUCUCCCCUUAUUGCUCUGAACCCUUUGGCUGCUCCUGUCAGCGAAGACCCGGCUGAGAAACCUGGCAUUCCCUCCGCACUCUCGAAUGCCUCUCACGUAACCUUCAGUGGUCCCGUCUUUUUCGGGUACUCCGCCGAGGAGACAGCUCGUUUAUUGCAGCAGCUCACUAACUUGGGCAAAUCAUGA